AUGGCCUCCACGCAGACGAUGAAGACUGUUCCGAUGUCACCGAGGGCUGCGCCGCGAGCUACGGUGCCUGUGAAACCGGAGCGCAGGGGUGGAGCAAGUCCGCGGGUCAGGAGACGCUUGUCAGACGCCCAGGAGAGCGCCACCAUCUUCAGCAUGGUGUGCGAGCAAGGCGAAGUGAUCCAGUGGAUGACUGCGUGUCACCCAGACUUGACUGCGUUUGGGGUUGCCUUGGAGCGACGUGGAUACCGGACGCUCAGCAGCAUCGUGUUCCUCACGGAAGAAGACGUCGAGUGUGUGACAAACUCGGACUUGAGGCAAUUGCUUCUUACCACUCUCUCCAGGCUGCGGCACGAACUGUUUCGCAUGUGA